UAGGGGCUUGUUGUUCCAAUGUCAAGGCCAAGCGGCGUGCCGGCAACUCUGAUAAGACGUUUAGAAGGCCUUGCAGCGAAAUGCGCGAGAGUGAGGCCCUGCUCUGCGGUCUCGUACCGAAUGGACGACCUCCAACGUGCUCGACACUUGUGCAGCAGCAGAGAAUAUCAAGGAAUUCAAAGAGAUGUGUUGAGACUGCGCUCGAACAAUGCCUCUUCCAUGAUGGAGCAUUUCGGCCGCAUCCUGGAGCGGUACAGGCCUUCAGGCCCGAUGCUCGGGGCCUUUGGGGGAUCGUUUCCUGAGUAUGUCCGAUCGUUCCUCUCGGAUGGGAAAGUGCCCAAGGGAUUUGAGAACUUCUAUCGCAAAGGGAAUCAAGGUCCGGCGAAGAACGAUCAGGAUGGAAGUGAUUCGUCAUCGAAGAAACCAAGUGGUUCAGGGGGACCAAACAAACGGCCAUCCGAACCGGGAGACCCCUUCUUCCAGGACAACAUGCCACAGUUGCUCGCGAUUGUAGCACUUGGGUUCCUUCUUCUGAUGAUCAUGGGCUCUCGAAGCGAUGGAAGGGAAAUCAACUUCCAAGAAUUUCUCAAGAGUUUGCUUGUGGAUGGCAGGGUUGACCAUCUACAGGUUGUCAACAGCCGUAUCGUCCGCGUCUUCAUGAAGGAAAGCAUCCACUCCCCAGAUCAGAAUGCCUCUUCAUACUACUUUACCGUUGGAAGCAUUGAUAGCUUUGAGCGCAAACUGGAGCAGGCUCAGUAUGACCUCGGCCUCGAGCAGAAGGACUUUAUUCCAAUCCUGUACACGAAUGAGACAUCUUGGGGAUUAGAAAUCUUGAAGUUCACUCCCUCCCUGGUCCUAAUCUUCGCUUGGUUGUACAUCAUGCGACAGAUGGGCAGUGGAUUCGGAGCGUCCGGAGGCGGAGGGCCAGGAAACAUCUUCAAGGUUGGCAAGGCUCGUCCGACGAUCAUCAAGGGUGACGCCAAGGACAAAGUCACCUUCAAGGAUGUGGCAGGGCUGAGUGAGGCAAAAGUUGAGGUCGUGGAGUUUGUAGAAUUCCUGAAGAACCCGGAGAAGUUCAAGAACCUCGGGGCGAAGAUUCCCAAAGGGGCGCUGCUUUGUGGACCGCCAGGAACUGGCAAGACCUUGCUGGCAAAGGCAAUGUCUGGGGAGGCCAACGUUCCUUUCUUCUCGAUGUCGGGCUCCGAUUUCAUCGAAAUGUUCGUCGGUGUCGGAGCUUCUCGUGUGCGGGACUUGUUCAGCCAGGCCAGGAUGAACGCUCCUUGUAUCGUCUUCAUUGAUGAGAUCGACGCUGUUGGUCGGGCAAGAGGAAAAGGUGGAUUCUCAGGUGGCAACGAUGAGAGAGAGAAUACGUUGAACCAGCUGCUAGUGGAGAUGGACGGUUUCAACCCGCUCACCGGCAUUGUCGUGCUGGCCGGCACAAACCGUGCUGAUAUCCUUGACCCUGCGCUGCUGAGACCUGGAAGGUUCGAUCGUCAGAUCACGAUCGACAAGCCGGACAUCAAGGGAAGGUGUGAGAUUUACCACGUUCAUCUCAAACCUCUGAAGCUUGCGGACGACAUCGAUGAAGUCGCAAAGCGCAUGGCGGCACUGACACCCGGAUUUGCGGGGGCUGACAUCGCCAACGUCUGCAACGAGGCAGCACUGAUUGCAGCUCGAAGCAACAAAGAGAAGGUCACCAUCGCAGACUUUGAGGCGGCUGUGGAGAGAGUGGUCGGAGGCAUCGAGAAGAAGAGCAAGAUCCUGACCAAGGAGGAACGACUCUGCGUUGCUUACCACGAGGCAGGUCAUGCCAUCUGUGGUUGGUUCCUCGAGUAUGCGGACCCGCUCUUGAAGGUCUCCAUCGUUCCUCGGGGUUCUGGUGCUCUUGGCUACAACCAAUUCCUCCCUCGUGAGACUGCGCUCUAUUCCAAGGAGCAGCUGCUGGACAUGAUGUGCAUGGCACUCGGCGGGCGCGUUGCUGAGGAGAUUGUCUUCGGACGCAUCACAACCGGCGCGUCGGACGACCUUGACAGAGUGACUAAGAUCGCAUACCAGCAGGUGACUGUCUACGGGAUGAACGACAAGAUCGGGACGCUCUCAUACCAAGAUCGAGAGGGGAGCCAGUUCAAGAAGCCCUACAGUGAGGCGACUGCGCAGAUGAUCGACGAGGAGGCGCGGGCGAUCGUCUUCAACGCUUACCAGAGGACGAGGGAUCUGAUCAACGAGAAACGAGAGCAGCUGAAUCUUCUCGCUGAGCGGCUCCUCCAGACUGAGGUGCUAACCCACGACGACGUGAAUGCCCUCCUCGGCCCGCGUCCCUUCGACAUGUCGGAGUCGUACAAGGAGUAUGUGACCUCGAACCAUCAAUGGAAGAGCAAGCUUGACGCCCAGCUGGCGAGCAAGAAAACGGAAUCAACGCAAGUGGCAGGAGAGAGUUGAAAGCAAGCGAGGCUGAGGAGAAAUCGGACGAGACCCAUGCAAGUGUGUAAGUUUUGGUCGUUCUCUUUGCGGCGAGAGCAUCGUCGCUUUAUAUCCCUAGAUUGAGAUUCUUGAACUCCGUGACGAAAUGUCACUCUACUGAGCAAGAUAUCGAUUUUCCUUAUUUUUCUCUUUGUUGUCCUACUACUCUCAGAUAGUUUGAACUAAUCGGAUUUCGAUGCUUUUGUACUCAAUUGAAGCGAAAGCUU